AAGUAGAAAAACGUCGUUUUUUGGUUCGUUCCUUCAUUUUUUGUGAAAAUCGUAUGACAACCUUUUGUGUCGUCUCAUUAUUAAAGAAUUCCUUGUGAUUAGCUAUUCAUUAGCUUAACUGUAAAUUAAAGUAUAAGCUACAAUGAGAAUUAAGUGGUUUCUAAAUGAUCCAGAAAAAUGCCAGCAAGAACAUCAUACUGCUCACCUGUUCAAGAGAUACCAAGAUUGCAAUGAUCGUGUCAAUUCUAGAAGCAAGACAGCAGAAACAUGCACUGAAGAAUUAUUCGACUACUUGCAUCAUCUUGAUCAUUGCGUCUCCAAGACUCUUUUGUCUCACUUAAAGUAAAUUCCUUUAAAUUAAAGAAGAUCCGAUUCAUUAAUUGGGAAUUAUGAAGCUUGAAAAUCAAUUGGUU